AUGCCGCCCCCGGCCCCGUCGCCCCCCUCCCGGCCCGGCCAGGCCUUCACCAUCGCAGCCCUGCUGGGACGAGCCUCGCCCCCCCCGACCCCAACCCCGACCCCGACCCCAGCCCCGCUUUUGCCCCCCUGGGGACCCCUCCGGGACCCCCCCCCCGGUCCCACAACCCCUCCCCGGCCGCUCUGCGCCGCCUGCUGCGGACCCCCCCCAGCCUGGGCAGCUCGCCUGGGAGCCACAGGCUUCCUCCUCUCCAAGUGCUGCUUCCCCAUCCUCAAGGCCAAGGCCGGCAAGGCCAAGCGGGUGCGGACCAUCUUCACCAGCGAGCAGCUGGCCCGGCUGGAGAAGGAGUUUGCGCGGCAGCAGUACCUGGUGGGCGCCGAGCGGGGCCUCCUCGCCUCCGCCCUGCACCUCACCGAGGAGCAGGUGAAAGUCUGGUUCCAGAACCGGAGGAUCAAGUGGAGGAAGCAAAGCCUGGAGCAGCAGCAAGCCAAACUGGCCAAGAUGGGCCUGGCCGCCCCGCAGAGGAGCCCCGACUCGCAGAGCCGCCGCGGCGAGGAGGAGCAGGACUUCCCGGCGGGGGCAGAGGACCUCCAGGAGGCCGCGGCCCCCCCUGCACAGACUGUGGCAAAGUGCUGCUGA